AUGUCGCGAGAGGAGCAGUUGCUGCAACGGCCGCCAGAAGCGGUAGCCGAACGGUUUUUCCGCGACCUCUUCGCGACGGGCGUGGGCGCAGGGCUCACUGUGCGACACACGAGCGACAUGGGGCGAGGGGUGUUUGCUGAGGUGGAUUUCAAGGAGGGUGACGUGGUGCUGCAGGAGCCUCCGUUGGUCAGCAUGCAACACUCUCACAAUAGGGCCCGAGCCCUGGUCUGUUCCCACUGCUUGCGUUUCAUUGGCCCGUUGGAGCAAGCUGUUUCCCGGCUGCUGACGUGGCAGAAGGGAAUGAGAGAGGAGGAAGAGGGGGAAGCAGACGAGGAGGAGGAUCAAGAGGAGGCCAAGGAGGAAAAGGAGGAGAAGAAAGGCGAAGAAGGACAAGAAGAUGAAUCACCGGGAGCAAGAGCAGCAGAGAGAUUCAUAGAGCACUUGUCAAGCGGGCAGCUGAAGCUACCACAUGCGGAGUGUGUGGGUGCUCUGCCCUCCGCUGUGCCGUGCCCUGGUGGCUGCACUCAAGAAACCUUCUGCAGCUCCAUAUGUGCCACGUCAGCAUGGGCGGAUGGCCAUGCCAUGCUGUGCCUGGGCCAUGACUCGCGUGCCAAAGACACUGAAUCUCUGAAGGCCUUCUACACCCAUGCUGAUGGUGAGGCUAUGCUGAUGCUGAGGGUUUAUGGGAGGUGUAAGGUGGUGCUGGAGGCAUGGACCCCGUUUGCUGUGGGGCACAAGGCCGUAUGGUGGGAGGCAGUGGCUUGCCCGCCUGACGUGGAAGCAGGAAGCAGCGAGGAAUCUUCUUUCCGAGCCUGCAUGAAAUCUAUGGCCGAGGAGGUGUGGUGGAGUCUCUCAAACUGCUCUCUCAAGCCAUAG